AUGCCCGGGGCCGCCGAGCUGGAGGAGCGCUUCGGCCGCGUCCUGAAUUCCAUGAACCUGCCCCCAGACAAGAUGAAGCUGCUCAACCAGUACGACAACGAGAAGAAGUGGGAGCUGAUCUGUGACCAGGAGCGUUUCCAGGUGAAGAACCCUCCGUCCGCCUACAUCCAGAAGCUGAAGAGCUACUUGGACACGGGUGGUGUCAGCAGGAAGUUCAAGAGGCGGGUGCAGGAAUCGACACAGGUGCUCCGGGAGCUGGAGAUUUCCCUGAGGACCAACUACAUCGGCUGGGUCCAGGAGUUCCUCAACGAGGAGAACAAGGGGCUGGACGUGCUGCUGGAGUACCUCGCCUUCGCCCAGUGCUCCGUCGCGUACGACAUGGAGAGCGCAGAGAGCAGCAGCCCCGGCUCCGACAAGGGCAAGGAGCGCUCGCUGGAGGACCUGAACAAAAACACCUCCUCGUCCCCCACCCAGGGCGCCUCCAAAACGCGGCCCCUCACUGUAAGACGCGCCUCCAGCUGCUGCCUCUCGAACCAGCACCUCCACACCCUCCUCCGCCACGUCCACCCCAGCGUCCCCUGCGGUGCCCCGGGCAGCGAUGGGGACAGUGCCCCCAGGUCACCCGGCAGCUCCUGCCCGCCCCGGCUGAACCCCUCGCACAGCAGGAAGACGCUGCGCAACUCGCGGCUCGUCAGCCAGAAGGACGAUGUCCAUGUGUGCAUCAUGUGCCUCCGCGCCAUCAUGAACUACCAGUCUGGCUUCAGCCUGGUGAUGAACCACCCAGCCUGCGUCAACGAGAUCACCCUGAGCCUCAACAACAAGAACGCCAGGACCAAGGCUCUGGUGCUGGAGCUGCUGGCCGCCGUCUGCCUGGUCCGAGGUGGCCACGACAUCAUCCUGGCUGCCUUUGACAACUUCAAGGAGGUCUGCGGGGAGAAGAACCGCUUCGAGAAGCUGAUGGAGUAUUUCCGAAACGAGGACAGCAACAUCGACUUCAUGGUGGCCUGCAUGCAGUUCAUCAACAUCGUGGUGCACUCGGUGGAGAACAUGAACUUCCGCGUGUUCCUGCAGUACGAGUUCACCCACCUGGGGCUGGACCAGUACCUGGAGAGUCUGCGCCUCACCGAGAGCGACAAGCUGCAGGUGCAGAUCCAAGCCUACCUGGACAACGUCUUCGACGUGGGGGCCAUGCUGGAGGACUCGGAGACCAAGACGGCGGUGCUGGAGCACAUGGAGGAGCUGCAGGAGCACGUCAGCCAGUUGACGGAGAAGCUGCAGGAUGCGGAGAACGACUCCAUGGCCAAGAUAGCGGAGCUGGAGAAGCAGCUGAGCCAGGCGCGGCGGGAGCUGGAGGCGCUGCGGGAGCAGCUGAGCCCGCCGCGGCCGCCCAGCCCGCCGUCCCCGCAGCCGCAGGAGUGCUACCGGCUGGCGCUGGAGCGGCGGCUGGCGGAGCUCGAGGAGAAGGGGCUGGUGCAGAUCCUGCGUGGGCCCGACGGAGACGUCGCCAUCGAAAUUGUCCCCGUUGUCAUAGAAACCCCCGCAGCCCCCGUGGUUGCUGGAGAGGCCACCGCCACCACCGCCACCACACCCACCUGCACAGAUGCUCCGGCUCUGGCUCCAGCCCCACCGCCCCCACCAGCACCUCCACCACCCCCGCCCCCGCUCCCGGGGGGACCGGAGGGCCCCGUGCCCCCCCCUCCACCGCCCCCACCCCUCGGUGGAGAGCUCCCGGCCGGGCCCGGUGCCCCCCACACCGCCAAUGGCUCAGUGAAGGUGAAGAAGCCCAUCCAGACCAAGUUCCGCAUGCCCGUCUUCAACUGGGUGGCGCUGAAGCCGAGCCAGAUCGAUGGCACCGUYUUCACCGAGCUCAAUGAUGAGAAGGUGCUGCAGGAGCUGGACAUGAGUGACUUYGAGGAGCAGUUCAAGACCAAGGCRCAGGGCCCYGCCCUGGACAUCAGCGCCCUCAAGGCCAAGGCCACGACGAAAGCCCCCAGCAAGGUGACCCUCAUGGAGUCCAACCGGGCCAAGAACUUGGCCAUCACCCUGCGCAAGGGCGGCCGCAGCGUCCAGGACAUCUGCACAGCCAUCGAGACGUACGACCAACAAACCCUGAGCCUCGACUUCCUGGAGCUGCUGCUGCGCUUCCUGCCCACCGAGUACGAGCGGACGCUGAUCGGGAAGUUCGAGAAGGAGCAGCAGCCGCCGGAGGAGCUCUCGGACGAGGACCAGUUCAUGAUCCGCUUCAGCAAAAUCCCGCGGCUGGCCGAGCGCAUGAACGUCAUGAUCUUCCUGGGCAGCUUCGGCGACACGGCGCAGCUGCUCACGCCGCAACUCAACGCCAUCAUCGCUGCCUCCAUGUCCCUCAAGUCCUCCAGCAAACUGCGCCACAUCCUCGAGAUCGUCCUGGCCUUCGGGAAUUACAUGAACAGCAGCAAGCGUGGAGCUGCCUAUGGCUUCCGGCUGCAGAGCCUCGACGCGCUCCUGGAGAUGAAGUCCACAGACCGCAAGCAGACGCUGCUGCAUUACCUGGUGCGGGUGAUCAUGGAGAAGUACCCRGAGCUCACUGGCUUCCACACCGAGCUGCACUUCCUGGACAAGGCAGGCACAGUGUCCCUGGAKGGCGUCCUGCAGGACGUGCGGAGCCUGCAGCAGGGCAUGGAGCUGACCCGCAGGGAGUUCAUGAGACAGGACGACAGYCCCGUGCUCAAGGACUUCCUCAAGGUCAAUUCAGAGGUGAUGGAGAAGCUGCAGGCUGACAGCAAAACUGCCAAGGAGGCCUAUGAGUCAGCUGUGGAGUAUUUCGGGGAGAACCCCAAGACCAGUCCCCCCACCACCUUCUUCCCCAUGUUCAUGCGCUUCAUCAAAGCCUACAAGAAAGCAGAGCAGGACAUCGAGCUGUGGAAGAAACAAGAGGCUGCGGCCAAAGAGGCAGAAUCCGUCUCCCCCGGCAGCGAGCAGCCACCCGAGGUGAAGCUGCCCGUCCAGAAGGCCAGGAGGCAGCAGAUGGACAUGAUUGCUGAGCUGAAGAAGAAGCAGAUGGUGAAGGAGCCGCUCAUCUACGAAGGCAAAGAUGGGGCCAUCGAGGAUAUAAUUUCAGAUCUGCGGAAUAACCCGUACCGCCGUGGGGACAAGGCCCGCGGCAGCGCCAAGAAACGGGCGGCGGGGCAGAGCCUGCAGGCSACGCCGGACAUCGCUCUGUGACCGGCGCCGGCCGUGCAGCUCCAGGAGCGGGGCAGGACCGUCCUCCCGCCGCAGACGGGACCGSGGGAUGGCCGUCCCUGAGUCCGGGGCCGGGCGGGGUGGAGGGACAGUGCCCGCUCCGAGCUGCUCCAGCCGCUUAACGCGCCAGCUCUUCCCUGCCGGCCUGGGGUCCGGCACCGGCACCCCCGGCGCUUGCUUGGCGAUACCCCUGAGCUCCUCUUCCCCAGGCUGGCAGGGCUGGAGGGCCCUCCUGGCUACGGGCAGGGAGCGGGGAGCACGGAAAGGGCCCCGAUUUGUCCUGGGAGGAAAAGAGGAGCUGCCCCAUCCYUCACCCGGCGCUGCUCCCUCGCUCKCCGGCCGCGGGUCCAGCCCUGCGCCCCGGCGUGUCCCGCUCCUCAGCUUGCUGGUGCCUUCGAUCGCCGCUGCGGGAGGGGAGGGGGUGUCAGCCAGGGCCACAGCGGUCCCCGCACAUCUCCCCCGCUUCCCUCGGCCCCGCAGAGCCACCCGAGCCCCGCGUUCUCCUGCGCUGCAGAGCCAGCGAGGAGCUGCAGAGCUCCCACCCCGGGCACCUCCCGGCCGCAGGGGCUGGCAGCGGUGCUAUUUUACAGGAUUUUAUAAGUCUUCCUUCAAAUUCCUCUGUGCUGCGGCAGCAGGGAUUGGAACGCCCCCGUGCAGGGUGUCCCCAAGGCUGUGGCGAGCAGCGCUGGGCUCUUCCUCGCCGCAGGGGAGGCUCCGUAGCUGCGACAAUCGGCAGCAGGGACGAGUCUCUGCGAGGUGGCGGCACCUCCGCCCGCCUGCGUCCCCAGCAACCAUCCGCCCUGUCGGGGCUGGAGCCUCUGGGGUGAACCGGGGGGUCUCCCGGUUUUGUGGGGUGGGAUACGCAGGAGAUGYCGGCAGCCUCCAACCCCGCAACAGCCGGGGUCCCAAAGGCUGCGGGGUCCCUGCUGCCACCAGGCAAAAGCCCGAGAGCCGCCCGGACCCGAUUGUCGCUCCCUCCCCUGCCCCGCUGCCGCUGAGUAACCCCGACCCCGCUGUGCCGCAAUUAAACCGCUCCGUGCAUUUACUUCAUUAAACGGUCCCGAUGCGAGGACGCGCCCCUGUCCCUUCCCCUGUCCCUUCCCCUGUCCCUUCUCGCUCAUCUCAGCUUUAGCCAGAGCAGCCGCUGCUUCCUGCUGUAUUUAAGCCGCUUCAGCGCCGGCUCCGCGCCCGGGGAGGGAUGGGAAAUGAAUGUGUAACUUAUAAAUGCCUUUAAGCCAGAAAUGUAAACCAUUAACUGCUCAUUUGUAUACAUUAUUUUUAUAUACUGAAGGCCUGUUUAAUCUAAAGCAGAACUGGUAAUAAAAUGUCUCAGAGGAUAAAG